GAAGCUUCAUACCAUUGACAGUCAAUCAACCACCACAUUACCAUCGUCAACCCUACAAUCUCAAUCGAGGUGCCAAAUUCCUCCGAAGCCACAUCCACCUUCACGAACCUUUGUAAAACACCUCAAGCCAGUCCGCCAAGAUGGUCAAGUUGGAAGAACUCGAAGACGAGCAUUUCAUCAACCGACCGGCCACCAGCAAAGAUGACGUCCUACUAGCGGACGACGACGAUGACUAUACCGACACAGACUCUGAAAUCUCGGAUGCAUCAGACCUAGACGGCACAAUCGACGAGACACUGUACGACCGAAUCAGCGCGCUCAAGGACAUCGUGCCUCCCAAGACGCGGGCCAAGAUCUCAUCGGUUUCGCACUCGAUAUACUCUGCCACCAGCACCACUAUCACAUAUUCCGGCAAAGGCCUGUGGGUUUUGGCCACCAGCAUCUUGUUGCUGGGAAUUCCCUAUGCUUUGGCUCUCGGUGAGGAGCAGCAGUACAUUGAAGAGGAGAGGCAGCGCAGCAUGAUGCAAGAGGGUGCGCAGGGUCUGUUGCAGCAGGGUGGUGCUGCUGGUGAGCAAGGCCAGGCCAAACCGGCUCUGUAAAUUGUUCAGUCCUCACUCGACCGAUGCACGGCGGACUCGACGGCGCUCAGGCUGCGAUUUGUUGGGAACCGACGUUUCUGGCCGGGUUAUGUACAAUACACUACAACAACAAUAUUGGAGGGCAGUUGAUCACACAUCCGACGACGAAACGUCAAAACUGUCGCUUAGGAUGCUCGAAUUCCGUCAGAUCACCAGUGUGGUGGUGGACAAGGGAGAUUUGAAAUGUCGGCUGUCCAUACUUGGUUAAUCACAGAAGCCGUCUUUGUUUGAGACGAAAACGAAUGUGAUCAAGGCAGGCCAAUAAUUAAUCUCAUGUCUUAAAAGCAUAUUUUGUGGUUGCUUUAGCUCGCUCUAUGCACGCUAGAAAAUCAUGACCCAUGUCUCUGGUCAACUGGGAGCCCAAUGCAUAUGCGUGAUUUCU